CCGUUCUUUCUGCCUUCGACCACCUUCGACUAUUCGACCACGUUCAACAUCCGGGACGAACGGAUGGGAUAAACCGAUGGUAAUGGUGAUGGUAAUGGUAAUCCGUCCCCGUCUCGUCGUUCGUUUCCUCCAGAAUGUCUCAUGAGCCCGAGCGUGUGCUCCCAGGACAAAGACACCAGAAGUAAUUAUUCCAAUUGAAACGUCAUCCAUGGCUGUAAAUUGUUCUUUCUGCAUGUGUAGUUUGUUCUCAAAUAUCACAGAAACCUGUACACAGUUUACAGAGCACGUAAAUCAUCCUUUCAGAGAAUCAUAUGGUGAACAUAUGUAUUCAAUUGCACGUGCAUAUGCUUGAGCAUUCUUUAAAUAUUGUGCAAUAUAUAAAUUUUUGUUUACUAAGGAUUCAAAUAUAACUAGAAAAUAAAUUGAUGAUACUAUUAUAAUUAAUUUUUGUUGCCAAACCCUUUAAUUAGAAAAGAGUAAUAUUAGUGUUAUCUGUCAGCUAUAAUGGCAACAUCUGAGAGCGAUGAUUUUGAAAGUGCCGAUGAAGAAAUGGACCAUGACAUAUCUAAGAAAAAACGUGUUCCAAUGCAACAGUGGUGUGUGUCAAAUGCGAUAGAUUCAGAAUCUGAUGACGAUACGGAGUUUGUACCUCAAACACCAUAUACAAAUACAAACUAUAAUAGAAAGGCAGAAAGAAAAUUUUAUGGAGCAGAUACAUUGAUGGAUGAAAAGAAAUCUUAUAAAGAAACAAUUAAAGAAAAUAAAGAUACAGCUGUUAAAGAUAUGUGUGAUUAUAAAAAAAAUGAACAAUCAACAAAUGAUCCCAGUUUGCAAGAAAAAACAAGUUUUAAUAAGAAUGAAAAACUUCCAUCUGUGGUAACUACAUCUACAUCAGAUGAGAAAGAGAUAGAUCAAGAAAAAUUAAGCACAGAGGAGUUAGAAACUGAAAUUCCAAAAAAUAAUAAUCUCACAGAUAAUACAAUAAUAAAUGUUAAUCAAGGAGAUAAAUUGACAAGAAAAAAUAGUGCUGUAUCUAAAGAGGUAUCACUGAAGGAUGAAUUGAGUGAAUUAGAAAUGCCAGAAGAAAUGAAAUCAGAUAAAAAGUUUAAGGAAGUGUUCAAACCAGAAGGUUGGGAAGGUCUAGGAAAUGAAAUUGAGUUACCAGAGGAAUUAACAGAGGAGAAAUUGCAGCCUAUAUUAAAGAGACUGUCAUUGGCAGGACAAGAAACACAGAAUUCUUCCAAAGGAUGGGGUUGGGGUAACUGGGGUGUGAGUUCUUUGAUCGAUACAGCCACUGCAGGAGUUUCUACAUUAACUAGUCAUGUAUCGCAUGGACUCACGCUUUUGGAAGAAUCUAUUACCACACCAGAGGAAUCCAAUGCUACUAAGAUGGAAGAAGAAAAUUCUGAAACCAAUGUUGCAGAUAAUAAAACAGAGGAAUCUGAGGAAUAUUCUUCUUUUGGAUUUGGGAAUUUCAUAUCAGGUGUAUCUUCGAUAACCAAAUUGGUUGAAUCAACUGGAACUAAAGUUAUGACUGGUGGAUUAGAUACAUUAGAAGCCAUUGGCAAAAAAACAAUGGAAGUUUUACAGGAAGGUGAUCCAGGCUUAAAAAAAAAAAGGGCCUUUUUCAUGAAUGAAGCAGAUAAGCCAAUUUUGUCGCAAGUUCUUCGAGAAGCGAAGGAUAAAGCUGAUGCCAUUGAAAAAACAAUAGAGGAAAAGCAAAAGAUGAGAAAAAUUCAUUUUGAAAGCCUGUUUGAUGAUUAUCAAGGCCUAGUUCACUUAGAAGCAUUAGAAAUGUUAUCGAAACAAAGCAGUAUUAAAAUACAACAGCAUUUGAGUGGCUUAAGUAUGACUGAAUUAAACUCUGUUCAAGAGACGUUAGAAGAAGUUAAAGAAUUAUGCGAUUUAGGCGAAGUUGAAGAAAAUAAGGACGAAGUAAACGAUUUGAAAAUUCGACUACAAGAAGCUUGUAACAAUCUUGGAAUUGUUAUUGCAUAUGAAAAAUUACAUGAUGUUUGCAAGGAGUCUGAAGUUUAUCUCGCACCACCGGUUACCCAUACCGAUCAGGAAAUAUUCGUACAUGCUAUUUCCGUCUUGGCACAAUUCACAGCCUUCUCGAUGGAGAGAUUUCACAAAACUGCAGAAUUACUUCUAAUCAAAGAACACAGAAGCACUGUGAACGAAGCAGAUGCAUUGGUUCAUUUAACGCAUAUUCUCUCCAAUCAAAUUGGGAUACUAGCCAAUUCUUAUUGUAGUUCUUUAAAUUCACUUUUUCAAGUUUCAGACAAGCUGGACAUUAUUAAGUCUAAUAUAACAACGAUUUUCAUGGAGGCUUCAAAUGCAAGUUCAUACGUUCAAGAUGCCUUCAAACUGUUAAUCCCUAUUAUACAAGUCGGUGCUAUCUAGUUUAAUUGCAAACCAAGUACUGGAUUUCUUGCAAACGAUUUUUUAGUAUUACUUUCUCAAUGUUUUCGUUCACUAGAGGGACCAAAUACAUCGAUUUGUAAGCACUACACGUAAAGAUACGUACAGAUUCUAAUGUUUUUGAAAGUUAUUAUAGCAACAGUAACAUAAUAACAAUGUAAAUAGCAUGCAAUCAUAAUAACAGAAUAAAAAAUUGCAGCUUUGAAAUAACUUUUAAUACGGUAAAAUAACAAGUUUCUUAUCUCGGAAUUAAUGAUUAUUACUAAUAAUAAUUAUCAUUAUGUAAAUGUAUUAUAUGUACAGGAUGUGUUCCAAAAUGUGUCAUAUAAAUAUAUAACUAUAUAAUUUGA